GGUUGUGCAGAACGGAUUUGUACAAUGAAUGUGGGAAGUAAAUACUGCGACGAGGACAGCGCGUAAAACGACGGCAGCAUGUCGCGCACGUUUUAAUUGGUAUAUGUGCAUCUGUCUAUAUACCUUUGCAUGAAACAUUCUAUUUGCUCAUUCUAGAGAAUGCAGGAUAGAAAGGGAAAUCUAUUUUUCGUUAUUUUUAACUGAGGGUGAGGUCCUCUCAAGCCCAUCAAUUUACCAGCUAUAACUAUACAAUGAAAUAGGUGUACGGGCUUUUCAUGAAAAACAACCGCUUUUGGGAUCCUAUGCUUUUUCUCAAUCGAUUUUUCAUGCAUAUUUAAGUGUCUUUAUUCUGCAGUAUACGUCAGCGAAUGUAGCAACCCAACUAGUUACAGGAUCCCGUCUGAAGCAGUCGCCGCUUUACCGCGGGGUUUUAUUAAUUCUACUCGGGUAUUGGGCGCAAUAUUCUAUAACCGCCGCAAGCAACAGGGACGUGAGCGCACAUUGUGAAGACAAGACACCAAAGAAGAAAAAACGGAAUAUAAGGAAUAAGAUGACUAUGUCCGUUCAGGAGAGGAAUUCGGGGUCUGGGGGGAAAGAAGAUGAGAGCGAGGAUGAAAGCGAAAUUCUGGAGGAGAGCCCUUGCGGCCGCUGGCAAAAACGAAAGGAGCAGGUGAGCCAAGGCAGUGUGCCGGGAAUUGAGACCGCCUCUUUGGCCAUGGACACAGAGGAGGGGGUGGAGGUGGUGUGGAAUGAGGUGCUCUUCUCUGACAGGAAGGUGUUUAAUGCCCUGGAGGACAAGAUCAAGGCAAUGUUUGAGAACCUAAUGCAGGUGGAACACCCCAACAUUGUCAAGUUCCACAAGUACUGGCUGGACAUGAGGGAGAACCAGGCGCGGGUGAUAUUCAUCACUGAGUACAUGUCUUCAGGCAGUCUAAAGCAGUUUCUGAAGAAGACCAAGAAAAACCACAAGACCAUGAACGUGAAGGCGUGGAAGCGGUGGUGCACGCAAAUCCUCUCUGCCCUCAGUUACCUGCACUCCUGCGAUCCACCCAUCAUCCACGGCAACCUCACCUGCGACACCAUAUUCAUCCAGCACAACGGACUCAUUAAGAUCGGCUCAGUGUGGCACAGACUGUUUGUCAAUGUGUUCCCAGAGGCCAGCGUUCACGGCCGAGUGCGGCACCACCGGGACGAGCAGAGGAACCUGCACUUCUUCUCUCCGGAAUACGGCUCGGCUGAGGAUGACUAUGCCAUUGACAUCUUCUCCUUUGGGAUCUGUGCCCUGGAGAUGGCUGUGUUGGAAAUCCAGGCCAAUGGAGACUCUGUUGUGUCAAAGGAAGCUAUAACCAGCGCUGGACAGUCACUAGAGGACCCACUCAUGAGGGAGUUCACCCAGUCGUGCGUGAGACAUGAAGCCAAGAUGAGGCCGACGGCCCACGAUCUGCUCUUCCACCGUGUUCUGUUUGAGGUCCACUCACUCAAGCUCCUGGCUGCCCACUGUUUCAUCAACAAUCAGUACCUUCUGCCCGAGAACUGCGUUGAGGAGAAGACAAAGUCCUUCGAUCCCAACGGCAUCAUGGCAGAGAUCGAGCACAGUGGACGCCCGGGAGUGCAGCUCAAGUAUUCCCACGUCUCCCCCCUUGAGCUGGACAAGUUCCUGGAGGAUGUCAAGAAUGGGAUCUACCCUCUGAUGAACUUUGCCUCUGCACGUCCCCACCCUGUUCCACGGGCCCUCUCCCUGUCCCAGGAGCCUAUGGAGACGGUGAAGACCCCCACCCCAGAGCCCCAGGAGAUGGAGACCAGGAGGGUUGUCCAGAUGCACUGUAAUCUGGAGUCCAAUGAGGAAGGGACCAGAACUCAUCUUUCUCUGUUCCUGAAGAUGGACGACAAGCUCCACCGACAGCUCAGCUGUGACUUACUGCCCACUGACAGCUCCAAGGACUUGGCUAGUGAGCUGGUUCACUAUGCUUUCAUCAGCGAGGAGGACUGUGAGAAGCUGGCGAGGUUUCUGGAGGACGAGCUGAGCAAACACAGGGGCGGUGCACCUGGCUCCUCUGGGGCGAUGUUUCCGAUGCACUGAUGGAGGGGAGGGCCUCAGCAGACGCAAGGCCAGUUAUAGGGGCCUAGAAUAGAAGAUAGAGGUAGUGGGUGGAGAUGGGGAGAGAGUGAGAGAGGAAGAGAAGGGGUGUGCGAAAGUUCACACGGCCAGGGUUGAGCUGCUGAAUGGUGAAGUUCAGUCUCGCGUGGCGGCCACGAAGUGCGGAAUGGACCAGGAAGGAGACAAAGGCAAUGGAAAGAGGAGCCUCAAGAACUGUACAAUAUGAGGCACUUCAAGUAGGAAGACUUGGACCACACCCAUCUCCAGCUAUCCCGCAGUGCUGUAGAAGUGAAGUUUUCCACCUUGGUAAACCCUCCAGUUCUGGUGUGGAUGUGCUUUGGGUUGCCUUGAGAUCUAUGCCUUUUACAAAUUACCCCCUCCCUCAUUACCAUCAGGAGAGCCAAAACCACUCCCUGCUUGAGAGGUGUGUUUCAAAGGGAAAGAUUACUGCAAUGCAAAGCAAGUGAAAUGGGUAGUUGGACAAACAGGACAUCCAUGUUUUCCUCUCAGUUCAAAAAUAUACCUGCUCCCCAGGCUCUUAAUUAUUUUAUGGGUUAUUUAAAAAAAACUAAGCUGUACGCAAAACUUUUAAAAUCCAUUGCCAGAGUUUAACUUGACAAAGUUGACAAAUUCUUCAGCAUACACUGUUAAAGCCUUGUUCAGAUCAUGGUUCCCUGUUCUAUAGUCACAUGAUCCAGAAUCAGUUCCUAGACUGUGUGCUUUGAAAUGAAGGAUGUUCUUACUGCAUUCAUGUGCUCAUGAAAGUAUGAGUGUUUGUGAUCACAGCAAUUUGCAACACUUGUCUUUUCCAUUGUAGCUUUGCCCCAUUAAAAUUGUAUAGAGCCUAGAACUUCGAAAAGUGCCUGCCAUGGCAACAAAAGCACAAAAGCACAUUAAAAUUUUUCCAUAACUGAUCUACAGCACGAUACUUUGCAGCUGAAUGCUCAGAUGGGCAAUUUCAUCAGUGUUAAUUUAAUUUUGUGUUGCACACAAAAUACUCACUGUUGCAAGGACACCAUUCUCUUGCUGCAGGGGAAAAAGUGCCUCCAUGAGGAUACAAUGUUACUGAAGUCCUCGCAUUCACUGCUAAUAUUCAGCUUCCCACCUAUCAGACCUCACCCUACCACAGACCAAAUGGGGAAGGGCCUAUAUUCAACUCAAUCAGAAACAUUCAACACAAAAAAAUUCUGUUCUCUGCCACUGACAGCUAUUCUUUACAGAAUGUGAUUGUGCUCUGUCUGUAAACAUCAACCCCUCUCUUUGAGUGUGGUUACUGCUGAAUUUCACGUUUAUACAAUUACCAAAUUGGUUGAAAGUUUGUAUGAAAUCAUUCCGUCCAAUAUAAUAUUGAGAAUGUAAGCACACAGACAAAUUCUUGUUGGGUCCUUUUUGUAUGACAGGAGCUACUUUAAUUAGGUAACUAAGCUUAGGUAGCUACUUAAUGCUCUGAAAUUGCAGUAGCUGCUGUGUUACAAGUAUCGCAUGUGAAUUUGUCCAAAGAUUGUGAUUCAAUCCCAAAAAGACUGAUCAGUUCUUGUAUACAUUUAAACUUUGCUGUUAAAAGGCAGAAUGUUAUUAGUAAUGCUGGCAGUAACCCAGAAUGUAAAAGAACACACAUUACAAGGAUCGGUUGAGAGCUGUUAAGAUUGUUUAUUUGCUAAUUAUUGCAUAAAGAGUUAGACCUGGCUACAGAGUAGAGACAGUGGGCAGCGGUGUCAAGAAGGCAAAGUCGAGGAAGACAGAAGUUUGGAACUAGACACAUACUUACAACACGCUUAGACAUUCACAUCAAUUGCUGCCUUAGGUGUGAUUACUUUAAGAAGCUUCACCAAACUGUGGAACCACUGUCCCUAUAUAAUAUCGCAAAAGGUAAUUGUGAGUUGAGUGUUGAUUUUGGGUAGGGCGAAUGCGUCAUUUGAGAGAAUUAGCCACGGACUUUUGGAGAUGGGAUAUUCCUUGUCAAUAUUCUAUAGUCUUUUCACUACGUAAAUCAGUGUUAAUUUAGUAACCUUACUGUUUGUGACUUUCCUGUCUAUGAAGCUAUAAUCCCGUUAAAUCUGCACUUUUUCUGGAUACCCGCAACUGCCAGCGCUAAUCAGCCUCUUACAUUUUCAUUUCUGCUUGUUUCUGACUGAAUUCCCAAGCUCCUGCCAAUGCAUCUGCAUGCUGUAAGAUAAGCAUCUCAAGAAGUAUUGCUGUUUAAAGUGCUGCAUCUUUCACUGGAACUCUGGGUGUGACGCACAACCAAGAGGAGGGGCACAGUUUACUCACUGCAUACAGUCAACCCCUGGUGCAUCAAGAGGCCAGAUCCUCUGAGAGAUUCGCUUUUGUUCAGAAAGCUGCAGCUGGUCUCAGCUGUAUGCUUUCACAGAAUGCCUUAUAGUCAGUUACAGACAGCCAUCUGUCACAGAUAAUAAUUGAUCAUUGAGAGUGAAUGUACAGAAGCUGAAACACAGAAAUGUAUUUCUGUCUACUUGUUUGCUUGCCACCGUUCCUCCCCUUUAUCAGAGUCUGUUCAAUGAAUGUGAAUUUCUUGUGAUGAACAGGUUCUGCCUUGUUUUGUCUGUUCUUGUGUAAGAUACUGUAUAAAAAUUCUAUUAAUCAUAAUAAUUAAA